AAAGCGCAAUUGGCAGGCGAUACAGUUGCGCACAUAAUUCUGAAUAGCGUGGACUGGCAUGCAUUCAUCUACGUGUCUCAUUGCUACCCUCUUAUUCCAGAAUCUUUCAAAAAAAAAAAAAAAAAAAAAAAAAAACCUCGAAAGCUUCAUGUAAACUGUGACCGCAAAUCCCCCAUGGUAGUCGGUUUCUCUCACCUGCAACUCUUUUCCCCUGAUCCUUUUCCUCCCAUUCCAUUUCUCCAUCUAUCCUCUAUCUCCGUUUGAUUUUCACUGGGUUUCAACUUUGAGCUCAAGUUUUGUAGAACAAAGCAGCUUUUUAUGGAUUUAAGGGAUAUGAGUCUUCCACUUACGUGCUAGCGAUUGCAUCAACCCUUAAUGUUGCAUUAUGUGCUUCCUCGUGCGAUAAACUGAAGAGCGGAUAAUUGAGGUAUUGCACUGAAGAUGAAUGAGGACUAUAAAAGCAUUGAACCGGGGACGGAUUUAGGACUUGGGUUGGGUCACACAGACCAAUGUAUUCAGGGAAGAUUGACCAACAAAUUAGGUGUAGGUGCAAAUGCAGGUUCAAUGGUGGAUGUGAAAUAUGUUACCACCGACUCCCUGUCUGAACUAGUUUGGUCUCCACACAAAGGUUUGAGCCUUAGAUGCGCCAAUUCCAGCUUCAAUAAUAGAAAAACUCCGAUCUUGUGGGAUGCAGCUGCCAAUAACGCAAGUUUUGUACUGCCACGAAGUGUAAUAGCAGGGAAAUCUACUUCCAAUAAUUUACUUGAUAAUAGAACUAUUACUAUUUCACAAGCAGAGAGUCAAUUGAAGAAUAUAUCUGAGGGUAAACAAACUUCAAAUAAUACCAGUUCUGAUGAUGCUGCCUGCAUGACAAGCGAAGCUCAUAUGCAUAAACUAAAAAAAGUUUGUGUGAACAGAAUAAAUGAAGUAUCAAUGAAGCAAGGUGAACCUGAGCUUGAUAAAGUGCAGCAUAACUUGUUAGAUAUGGAUCCAAAUGGUGGAGACAUAAAUGAAGGUCAUAAUAGUACCGCAGGAAAGGGUGUUCUUCAACCCUUGAAUGUGUUUGAUCCUACUGUCUCUCAUCCAACUUUUUUGGGGAAACUGGAAUCAUCUGCAGAAAAUGACUUACUAAAUAUAAAUGAUAAAAUCGGUGGGUUUGAGGGAAGUAAAAUUUUAGUGACAGUGGUGGAUUCUUCCCAUGAAGUGAGAGGCAGUAACCAGCCAGAUGGUAAAGACAAUUGCAAAGACACGGGUGAUUCAGCUUCUCCAAGUAACUGUGGUAUGCAUUGGAUACAAAGGAAAGGCAAGGAAAAGGCUCUGUCUGAUGGUAAUGUUCAUGGAAGAAUGUUGAACAAUGAAGACAACAGCUACGGAAGUGUUGAAAGCUGUAACAGUGCUUUUCUUGCAGCUUCGAAGAGGCGAUGGGGCUUUGAACAACACUUAAUUGUUGGGAACAAAAGAGCCAAAAUGCAAGACGAUAAUGCUUCUGGUCCAACGUCGAACUUAGGUCAAGACAGCUCUUUCAUGAACUGGAUAUCUAACAUGGUGAAAGGAUUCUCUGAGUCGAUACAAGAGGAGGCACCUUCUCUUGACCUUACCCUUGCAAAAUCUGAUGUUGAACAUAGGGGCCUAAAUGAAGAACUGAUGGACAAGAAGAUUAAUACUCCUGGGGUCGGUGGCAUUGGUUUUCAAUCUAUCUUCCGGUCCUUGUAUGAUCCAAUCACGAGAGGUGAGGACGGAGCGCCUAGUGCAACCAAACAAGAAGCUAAGGAGAUUGAAAUGAUUAAAAACAGUUGUGAUCUUAAUGCAACUCCAAUAGCAUGUUUUGGAGAGUCUGAUAAAUUUGGCAAACAACUUCUGCUAAACAAUGAGAAUGUGACAGAGUUUUUAUCUGGAAAUGAACCAACCAUACUAAUUCAACUGAAGAAUUCACCUGAAAUUUCUUGUGGUAGUCAUCAAAGUCAUAAAACCAAGUCUGAGGAGAACUUGAAUUCAUACAAUCUUGUAAGUGGUGCUGGAACAGGUGAAGUUAUCCACCACUCUGCUUUGGAUAAAUGCAAGUCCAACAGUACAGAGAAUGUUGACUGCAAUCUACCAUGUGGAAAGAUUAACCAUACUGCUGGUAAUACGAGUGAUCCUCUCAAAAGCUUGUGGAUUUCCCGUUUAGCCGCAAAAACCUCUGGGGUUAUGGCAAACCCAGAAACUUGCAACCUAAAUACCAAGGAUGAUUCCCAAUGUUCCAUGCACAGUCCUGGACUGAUUCCUUGCCCUCAAAAUCAAAUUGGUCAUCAUUCCAUGGAUGACUUGGACACUGCUGUUAGUAAGGAACAACGUAAUACAGCUAGUUCUGAGGCUUCUCCUGGUCAUAAGGAAUUCAAAAGCCAUAAUGAGCAGAAAUCUAUAAGUAAGUUCAAAUCUGUUUUACGUUCUCCUAAAGUAAGAAGUCCAGAGGCGAUGGCUUCUGUCUUUGCUAAGAGAUUAGGUGCAUUCAAACACAUCAUACCGUCAGAUUUGACCGUAAAUGUGGGAAAUGAAACUGUGAUCUGUUUCUUUUGUGGCACAAGAGGUCAUAAUCUACAUAAUUGUUCUGAAAUUACAGAGAAAGAAAUUGAGGACCUUUCAAGAAAUAUCAGGUUGUGUAAUGAAACAGUAGAUCCCCCUUGUUCGUGCAUACGGUGCUUUCAGCUCAAUCACUGGGCUAUUGCGUGCCCACUUGCUGACUUGAGAGGUCAACAGCCAACUGAGUCCCAUGCAUCUUUGGCUGAUUGUUAUGAUACUGGUGAGCUCCAACUUGCUUCUGGGAUUGGUUUAAGUGCCAAACCGCAACACGUUGAAGAUAGAAAAAAGGACGGUGUUGCAUCUAUGCUAGAUGAUACUGAUGAUCCCAAUAUCGAAACUGAUCGUAGACCUGAUUGCAAAGCCACUGAAGAAGUGAAGUCUGCAGCAAUGUCGAUUCCAAAAUGUGUUAUUCAAAGAUCUCCAGAGAAAAGUUCGAAAGGAAGUAAGAUGGUCCAUGUCGACCGCUUCGUUGACAAGCCGAAUUCCGGUAUACCACAAGUGGUUUUCAAUGCAGUAAAAAAACUUCGACUGUCUCGAAGCAAUAUUCUCAAGUGUAUGAACUCCCACAUGUCACUGUCACUUCUUGAUGGUUUUUUCUUGCGUAUUCGGCUUGGGAAGUGGGAAGAAGGACUUGGGGGAACUGGGUACCAUGUGGCUUGCAUAAAGGGUGCACAACUCACAAAAAAUUCUAUUUCUGUUAUAGUUCGAGGGGUGGAAUGCCAAGUUCAGACCCAAUACAUUUCCAACCAUGAUUUUCUUGAGGAUGAGCUGAAGGCAUGGUGGUGUACAGCUUCGAAGGAUGGCAGCAGAGUUCUUCCGCUGGCAGCAGAUUUAAGAGCCAAAGUGAAAAAGAAAAAGGAGUUGGGUUUAUAAGCAAGCACAAUGGUUGAAGUUAUGUUGCACAAAUUCAGUCUGUGUUAAAACUGUACAUAUAAUUAUUGCCAUACAUCCCAUACCUACGGCUUGAAAUUCAAUUGAACAGUGUCCAAUGAAACAAACAGAUACUUGUUUAACGAUGUUAUCUAUAUGGGUGUGUCAUUGAUGCUGUCUGGUUGGAUUUCAUGAAAGGCAGUCUUCCAACUUUAUUGUAACUCGUGAUAAUGGGACAAGUUUUUGCCACUUUUUCUUUUAAGGUCGACAUGUAUUUUCACACCUUUAUAUUCAAAUUAUUGAAGCAUAGCCGCCUCAAGGGUUUG